CAAUUCCGCCGUCUAUCUCGCUUCAAUCUGUCUAGCUAGAAAAAACUAGCCAGCGCUAUCUUAGUCUAGCCCAGUCGUCUGGUCUCCUCGUGUGUCAAACGACAACCCUCAAUUGAAGCUCUUUCCUGUUUCUUUUUUCCUUCUCCCUCUUCUCCUACUUUUCCUCAUCUUUUACUCUUCCCUCAAUCGCAGCAUAGCUCCCAUAUCCUCCCUCCCUUGCGGAUUCAAACUACAGACAUAUUCCUAAAUUCUACCACUCAAUACCUCCUAUCUUCCCAACACAAUGUCAAGCCAACCCCUCCUCCAAACCGCCCCUGGCAAGCGCAUUGCCCUGCCCACGCGUGUCGAGCCCAAGGUCUUCUUCGCCAACGAACGUACCUUCCUCUCCUGGCUCAACUUCACCGUCAUCCUGGGCGGUCUGGCGGUCGGGCUCCUGAACUUCGGCGACCGCAUCGGCCGCAUCUCCGCGGGGCUGUUCACCAUCAUCGCCAUGGCGGCCAUGAUCUAUGCCCUGGUGACCUUCCACUGGCGGGCGCAGAGUAUACGCAAGCGCGGCCAGAGCGGCAUUGACGACCGGUUCGGACCUACCGUGCUGGCCCUGGCGCUCCUGGCCGCCGUUGUCGUCAACUUCAUUCUGCGUAUGACGCAAAACUAAGGAAAUAUCGUUUCAGGGGCUGUUGUUCUCCUUGGGGGAAAGGUUAGGAUGGAUGAUGAGAUGCGACGAGAUGAGGUUCGGGGUUUAGCGAGCUUGGUUUGGGGGUCCGAUAUGAACGAAAACACGUUAUGCGGAAUGAGUUAAGUAGAGAAAGUAGAUUCUAUUUUCUGUCGAUGUCGGUGCUGGUCACUGAUUUUUCGUCGAUGGCGUUGGCAAUGUUGUUUUCUUGAUUGAUAUAUGUUGUGCUGUGCGCUAAUUUGGCCCCCGGGUGGUUUGCGUUACUGUUUGUUAUGUGUGUAUGUUGGCGAGAUGUAAAUUGGUCUCAAUGCACUG